AGAAAUCUCAGAACCUCCACACUCAAAUCCUGGGUUUUUCUCUUACUUUGCAUGGAAGAGAGGUGGAUUGCCAAAGCCUGAGCUAGAAAGAAGAAAGAAAAGUCGCUUUUUGAAUCCAAGAUGGAAGCACAUAGCUCUAAGGAUGCACAAGUCAUUCAAAUAAGUGAAGAUCAUGAUGAAACAAGGAAUCCAGGAGGGAGUAAGAUCUGUAGUGAAGCGCCAUGUGGUUUUGCAGAUGCAGGAUCCAUCUCUAAAGAUUCUGAGGAACGAUCAACUUCCAUGCGAAAGCUUUUGAUAGCAGUGGGCCUUUGUUUUGUUUUCAUGACUGUUGAAGUAAUUGGAGGGAUCAAAGCCAACAGUCUUGCAAUAUUAACUGAUGCGGCACAUUUGCUUUCAGAUGUUGCAGCCUUUGCCAUCUCCUUAUUUUCGUUAUGGGCUGCUGGAUGGGAAGCUACCCCCCGCCAAUCGUAUGGAUUUUUUAGAAUAGAGAUUCUUGGAGCUUUGGUUUCCAUCCAAAUGAUAUGGUUGCUUGCUGGAAUUCUGGUAUACGAAGCAAUCGACAGAAUGGUAGCUGGUCCUCGUGAGGUGGAUGGCUUUCUAAUGUUUUUAGUUUCUGCAUUUGGUCUAGUGGUCAACAUCAUCAUGGCUGUGCUAUUGGGCCACGAUCAUGGACAUGGACAUGGGCAUGGGCAUGGGCAUGGCCACGGCCACGAACACGGACACGGGCAUGAACACGGGCAAGAGCAUGGCCAUGAUGAUCAUGGCCAUGGCCAUGGAUUCACCUUGUCUACACAUGAUCAUCAUCCUCAUCAUCAUCAUCAUACAAGUGACGUGCACCAUCUUGCUCAUGAUGAUCACACACACCAUGGUGAUGAAAACUCUCCAAAAGAGGGACAUCAUGGGCAUAAUCAUGCUCACCAGGAUGUUACUAAACCACUUCUUGGUGAACCUGAACCAGAGAAGAAGAAGCGAUUUAACAUAAAUGUACAGGGUGCUUAUCUCCAUGUCCUCGGGGACUCUAUCCAAAGUGUUGGUGUAAUGAUCGGUGGAGCAAUCAUAUGGUAUAAGCCUGAGUGGCAGAUAGUUGAUUUGAUCUGUACUCUAAUCUUUUCGGUAAUUGUUCUGGGGACGACUAUCAAUAUGCUUCGAAACAUAUUGGAGGUACUGAUGGAGAGCACACCGCGAGAGAUCGAUGCUACUAAGCUGGAAAGUGGGCUGCUGGAGAUGGAAGAAGUAGUGGCUGUUCAUGAGCUGCAUAUAUGGGCCAUAACCGUCGGUAAAAUCUUGCUAGCUUGCCAUGUUAAAAUCAGACCCGACGCCGAUGCAGACAUGGUCCUAGACAAGGUUAUUGACUACAUCAAAAGGGUCCAUAACAUCAGCCAUGUUACAAUACAGAUAGAGCGUUAGUUCUUUUUUCCGUCAGGUGUUGAGAUUAUGAGGGAAGGAUUUAGUUUAGACUUGGGGCAUUAUCAUGUUUCUAGAACUCAAAUUUCUCUAUGACAAUAAUGCUAGCAGAUUUUCUUUAGCAGUAGCAGUUUUUAAGAUUGUUGAUAUUGAGAAUUAGAUAUUUUGCAUGCCAAAUUUUCAAGCUACUAGACAUUGUAAGCCAAAUUUUCGCCAUAUUCCAUAGUUCUUAGCAUUGUAUUGGAUAUUUUGAGUUGAAUUGU